GACAUCGCUUUUAAACUUGUUUGGAUGGCUUUUUUUCUUUUUUGCUACAGUGUGCACACUGAUUCUUUUAAAGGAUUACUUUUUUCAAUAAAGAGGAUUAAUUGAUUUUUUCCUGGACUGAGCCUAUUGUUUGGAGAAGAGUUCUGCUGGAGGCCGUUUGGCUGAAUCCUCUUGGACCAGUCUUCAGUGUUUGGACACCAGACGGAUCUCUCUAUGGUCCGGUGGGGUAAGACUCAUAGAUUUUUAUCAGAUUAAUUAAAUCUUGGUCCUCUGUUUCCAUGGCCACACUGAGCAACAGAUUUGCUGUCCUAGAGAACUUACAAGCAGAUGGGGUGGAGAAUGCAAUACAGACAUCACAUAUUGUUCUUGAUAAGCAAUAUUUUAAACUCAUUCAGAUUACACAUCACAUACAGAUUAUAAGUCAUGCUAUACACACUGAUGCCUUUCCCAAGGGUAUGUCUAAGCAAGUGAAUAGGUUGACCAAAUUUAUUAAACCAGCAUGUCCCAAUAAUGUAGUCUUACAGUAUGUUGCCGAUAACACCAACCAAUGGAUGCGACGGAACAUGCGGCUCCUUCUUGACCACUAUACGGUGACCCAAUCUAGUUUGCUGACUAACAUAAAAGAGUGGCUUGAUUCGGCUUGGGAACAAGAAGUGAUGGCGGUUUCUUCUGGCACCUCUGCUUUGACUUCUGUACAGACCCUUCCCAAUGUAGAUUUGGAUCGAUCAGAACAUGCAGGUUUUUCUUGUGAGCCCUCGUCUCGGAUCUCCACAAACUUGAUCCCACAGGUCCAUUCGACGGUGGUUGAUGUCAGUUUCUGCAAGGCCAAACCGGUCACGGUUGAGGCAGAGAUGCAUCAUUUGCCCACAGAGGAUUUGAUCCAAUUGUGUGAUACUCCAGAUAGAACUCUAGUACUUGGAGAUAAGAUUGUUGAUAGUGAGAUACAAUCAUGUGAUAUUGUCUUCAGUAAUGUAGCUGUCCCUAUAUCACAAACUAUUCUGCCUUGUACCCCUAAUUCUGACUCGGUGAAGGAGGCCGAUUCGGGAUCAGGUAAAGAGGCUGUGAUGAAGGACAUAAUAAAGGACUCUUGACCAAGGUCUUAUCUGAAGCCUCCUCAUUUUUAA